AUGUCUACCGCUGCUCGUCGUCGUCUUAUGCGAGACUUCAAGCGCAUGCAGACUGACCCUCCCGCUGGUGUUUCUGCUUCCCCGGUACCUGACAAUGUCAUGACCUGGAAUGCUGUUAUUAUCGGCCCCGCAGACACCCCAUUCGAAGACGGCACCUUUCGACUGGUGAUGCAGUUCGAAGAGCAAUAUCCAAACAAGCCACCCCAAGUCAAAUUCAUCAGCGAGAUGUUCCACCCAAACGUUUACGCCACUGGAGAACUGUGCCUGGACAUUCUGCAAAACCGAUGGAGUCCUACCUACGAUGUCGCCGCUGUCUUGACCAGUAUUCAAAGUUUGCUCAACGAUCCCAACACUGGCUCGCCUGCGAACGUCGAAGCGUCCAACUUAUAUAAGGACAACAGGAAGGAGUACACCAAGCGGGUUAGGGAGACCGUCGAGAAGAGCUGGGAGGACUGA